AUGGGUCAAUCUCCUUCCCAGACGCGGCCUCGACGAACGCAUGAGCAGCUGACACAGGAGCUCGCAUACAGGUUUAAGGAAAAGUGCUUUACCUCGAUUGAGUAUUACUCGCUGAAAGAUGUCUUUAAGAGCCUUGCCGACCAGCAAGGCGACAUUCGCUACCUCAAAGAAGACACGAUAGCUCGGUUCCUGGAGAUCCCAGACAUACUUGGCGCCUCGCCUGUGAUAUUCCACAUGGUUUCGUAUCUUGGUGCGUUCCCGUUUCUGCACGAGGCGCCGGUGGUGCUGGAGCUUGCGCAGUUGAUCAUGGUCGUUGUCAUUAUGACGGAACGGUAUAAACGAGUGUUGGCCAAAUCAACAGACAGAACAAAGCUUCUGUUUAAAAGCCUGGCCGUCUAUGACCGGAAAGUGACCGUGGCCGAGUCCACGCCGCAGAGUGCCACUUCAGAAAAUGCUGCUGCGAAGCCAAAUGCUCAAUUCAAAGGCUUUGCGGUCGACCAGCCGGGUCUGGAUGAUGAACAUGAAGAUGACCAGGAAGACGACGAUGACCUUGUUAUCACGGCUUUUGAGCUACUCGACAUUCACGAGGCUGCUAAGCGCGGCGAUGUCUCCAGCAUUCAUGAGGCCAUCAUUCCAACCGACAACUUUCGAAAAUUAAUAAUGUUGUUACUGUUGGUUGCGCCGCUGGAUCCACAAGAGAGUUUAUCGCAGUAUUCUAGCCGUGUCGCUGGCAACGAGUUGGAUCAACUACGAGCUACGGCAGAGUGUGUCCUGGCCUCCUUUGUCAACGUCGAGACUUCUCCUGGCAUUGGAUAUACCCGAUUCAAAACCGUCGUUCCGGCCCUGUUCCCCAAUCUCUUUGCUGGUUUCAAUGGAUUGUUUGAACAUUUUCUCUUCUCCAAAGACCUCGACUUCUCCAAGCACAAGAUCGAGAAGCCUGGUGAUGCGGCACACGUUAGCAAGACAGCGCAGCCUCUACUGCCCACUCCAGGCGAUAUCUUAAAUGAGCAUACCUUGUCGCAACUUUCACUCUUCCUACCUGGCUCUUCAUUGUUUAGAAGGGUGAGGUUACUGUACUCGGGCAACGAUGCUGGGUUUUCAAUGGGCAGCCUUGAAUCAAAGAUAUUUUACUGGAGAGCGCCAACCAUCCUUUUGGUAAGCGGGACGAGGUUGGCAGACAUCCCCGACGGUGGCCAGGAAGCAUCGUUCGCAGCUUCGCUCCCAACGAAACGAUCCCCUCACGGUAGCAAAUCCGAGCGUGUGACGUUUGGGGUGUAUCUCAGAGAGCCGUGGAAGCAUACUCACAAAGAGUGCUUUGGCGACUCGGAAACAGUUCUCUUCCAACUGGAACCUAUUCACGAUGUCUUUACAGCAUCCACGGUCAAUACAGACUACGUUGCUUUUACAAAACCUCCUGGAAAUCGGCCCUGUCUCUCGUUUGGCUGCCCUCACCCUAAACCGACGCAGGCUCAUCGCAGGGAAGGGUUGCAUGCCCUGGGAGCUGUUUCUCUACUGUUUGACGAGUCUUUCGAGUUUGGAGUAUUCAAUCACGACUACAAGUCAAGAGGCGGUGCUUUCCACACUAGCAUCGUGAGAAAGUUUGACUUUCAAGACCGGUUCCGAAUCGACAAUUUGGAGGUUUGGGGAUGCGGCGGUGACGAUGAGGCCAAGGAACAGGCCGAGAGAUGGGCUUGGGCAGAAGAAGCGGCUGAAGCCCGCCGUAGAGUUAACCUAGGAACAGCCGAUAUUGCGGCGGACAGAGCGUUGCUAGAAAUGGCGGGCUUAGUAGGCGGAAAUCGAAGUGGUGGCUCAAUGGGAUGA